AUGAGAGCAAACCCAGAUGAAUUUGAAAAAUGGGUUACUGAGAUUUCACUAAUCUUACAGACAAACCCAGAUGAAUUUGAAAAAGCAAAAAAUGUUCUUAUACUUUUAGAACACAAAACUGAUGGAAUUGUGCAAAAGUUCCUAAGAAACAAUAAUUGGAAUGAAGAUUUGCAUGGUUCAGAUCUUUUUGAUAAUCUUAUAAAUGUCAUAUACACUACUUUCUUAGGUCUUGAUUAUAUUUCUAAUAAAGACUUUACCAUUAAUAAGAAAGUUGACGUAGCAAGAGUUUCAAUGACAAAACUCCAGUUACAUGAUAUUAGUCUUCUCGACAAAUACACAUGUAUGUAUGAAUCAUAUCUAUAUGAUAUUCCCCAGAGAAGUGAAUAUGCACAAUGGAUAUCUGCUUAUCUAAUGAAAAUUCCAAUGAUUGGAGAAAUCUGUACUGAAAGAUGGAAAAAAGAAGCUACUGGAGAAAUCCAGCAAACCAGUCUUUCUUAUGCAACAAAAAUUGCAAAGGAAGAAAUUGAUAGAAUCUGUCAAGACAGAUAUAAACAACAAAAACUCAAAACAAUAAGUAAAGAUUGUUGUAGCAUUCUCUCUGAUUUCAAAAACUUUGAUAUUGGAAGGAAAACUUAUACUAAGAAAAAAUAUAAAAACAAAAAGAAAUACAAAUCUUUCUGGAAAAAGAAAAGAAUAAAAUUUUCACCAGGAAAAUACUUCAAAAAACCUUCAAAAGAAUCACCUAAGAAGACUACUUCCUGUCCACAAGGAAAGAAAAAAUGUAGAUGUUGGAUCUGCAAUGAAGAAGGACACUAUGCCAAUGAAUGUCCAAAUAGAAAAAAAUAUCCUGACAAAGUCAAGGUUUUACAAACUGCUAAUAAUGGAGGUUAUGAAGCUCUUGAAGAGGAGUAUGAAUGUAUACAACAUGUCUUUACAUUUCAUGUUGAAACUGAUUCUUCAUCAAAUUCUGAUGAAAACGAAUCAACCACGGAUGACUCAGACUAG